AUGGCUGAGGAUAAAAAAACCUUUGUUGAUGAGAUAAAUAAAACAUUGGCAAAGUCUGAAGGGCUUACCUUGAAGGAUCUGCUGUUCUCCUACCAGGGGACCCCGUAUCCUGUCACAAUGUGCAGUGUGGAAACUUUCCAAGCCCUGGAGAACCUGGAAGCCAGAAGAGAUGAUAUGGUGCUGGUGUCCUAUCCCAAAUGCGGUGUGAACUGGCUUAUCCAGAUUUUAAGUGAUUUGAUAUUUACAACUAUCCAGAGUAAACCUGUAAGCACGGAACUACCAUUUAUUGAAUGUGGAGAUCCAGAUAAAUAUCAGAGGAUGAAGCAGAUUCCAUCUCCAAGGAUUUUGGCAACGCAUCUGAAUUAUGAUUGCCUCCCCAAGUCUAUUUUCAAGAACAAAGCCAAGAUACUAGUGCUGUUUCGAAACCCUAAAGAUACAGCUGUUUCAUUUUUCCAUUUCCACAAGGAUGUGCCAAGCAUCCCCAGUUACAGCUCCUGGGAUGAGUUCUUCUCAGAGUUCAUGAAUGGGAAAGUCGGCUGGGGAUCCUAUUUUGAUCAUGCAGUCACUUGGAACAAACACAUUGAGGAUGAGAAUACUAUGAUCAUAAUAUAUGAAGACCUGAAAGAGAACCUGACUGCCAGUGUAAAGCAGAUAGCUGAAUUCUUUGGAUUCUCCCCAACGGCAGAGCAGAUCCAGUCCAUUGCAGACAGGGCGAGUUUCCAAGCAGUGAAGGAUAAGGCGCAAGAGACUCAUGGUCCUGUUGGCUCAAUUCUUUUCCGCAAAGGUGUUGUUGGAGACUGGAAAAAUCUUUUCACUGAAGCUCAGAACCAGGAAAUGGAUGCCAAGUUCAAAGUGUGCUUAGAAGGAACUAAGCUGGGAGCGAAACUAAAAUAUGAUGUGUACUGCAAGGCUUGA